UUGCAGAAUUUCUUGAAAGAGGAGGAGCGACGAAGGAGAUCAAUAACAGGGCAUAAAUGGCGAGAAGAGCAUUCCUGAUGUCGUGCCUUAAGGGUGAGGGAUCCUCUCGUGACCUAUCUCCAAGGCCCCGUUACCCAUCGAUGCCGAGAUACCCUAAGGGUGUGGCUGCGGUGGCGGCGAUUGGCUGCGGAAAUGACGUCGAAGCUCCGCCAGAGGAUCAGAGGACGGCGAUGUUCUCUGUGAUUGGAAUGACGUGCUCGGCUUGCGCCGGGUCGGUAGAGAAAGCGAUCAAGCGAUUGCCCGGAAUUCAAAACGCAGCCGUAGAUGUGCUCAAUAACCGUGCUCAAGUUAUCUUUUACCCUAAUUUUGUUUCUGAGGACCAAAUCCGAGAAACAAUUGAAGAUGUUGGAUUUGAAGCUGCACUGAUUCAAGAGGAUUCCAAAGAACCAUCAACCCUCACAUGUCGGCUUCAUAUUAAAGGUAUGACCUGCACUACUUGCUCCAACACUGUGGAAUCAGCUUUGCAAUCUGUUCUUGGGGUGCGGAAAGCUAUUGUAGCCUUAGCAACAGAAGAGGCAGAAAUUCGUUAUGACCCUAAGCUUGUAAGUGCUGACCAACUAAUGAAAGAAGUCGAUGAGACUGGCUUUGAAGCUAUUCUCAUUACAACUGGGGUUGAUAGGAACAAAAUACAGCUCAAGAUAGAAGGGGUUCGCACUGAAAGAUCCAUGAGAAUUGUUGAAAGCUCACUCCAGGCACUCCCUGGUAUAGAAGAAGUUGACAUAGAUCCCAUUCUUUAUAAAGUUUCGGUGUCCUACAAGCCAGAUCAAACAGGCCCUCGCAACUUCAUUGAAGUGAUACAAUCAACAGGAUCUGGUCGUUUCUUGGCAACAAUAUACCCUGAAGGAGGGGGGAGGGAAUCUCACAAACGUGAAGAGAUUAGGCAAUACUACCAAUCUUUUCUAUGGAGCUUGUUGUUCACUAUCCCAGUAUUUCUUACUUCAAUGGUGUUUAUGUACAUCCCCGGAGUAAAUCAUGCUCUAGAUACUAAAGUAGUUAAUAUGUUAACUAUUGGAGAGCUUUUGAGAUGGAUAUUAUCAACUCCAGUCCAAUUUAUAAUUGGCCGAAGGUUUUAUAUUGGUUCUUACAAAGCUUUACGACAUGGUUCUGCUAACAUGGAUGUGUUGAUAGCUCUGGGAACCAACACAGCCUAUUUUUAUUCACUCUACUCUGUGGUUAGAGCAGCAACUUCACCAAAUUUUGAGUCGACUGAUUUCUUUGAAACUAGCUCUAUGCUCAUCUCUUUUAUUCUUCUGGGAAAGUAUCUUGAAAUCCUAGCAAAAGGCAAAACAUCAGAGGCCAUUGCUAAGCUUAUGGACUUGGCACCUGAAACUGCAAUACUCCUGACCCACGAUGAAAGCGGAAAUUUGUUGGGAGAAAGUGAAAUUGACAGCCGGUUAAUACAAAAGAAUGACGUGAUCAAAGUGGUUCCUGGUGCAAAGGUUGCUUGUGAUGGCUUUGUCAUAUGGGGCCAAAGCCAUGUCAAUGAGAGCAUGAUAACUGGAGAAGCACGACCUGUUGCAAAGAGGAAGGGGGAUAGUGUGAUAGGUGGUACUGUAAAUGAGAAUGGUGUGUUGCAUGUCAGGGCAACACAUGUAGGAUCUGAAAGUGCUUUAUCGCAGAUUGUUCGCCUUGUUGAAUCGGCUCAAAUGGCGAAAGCUCCCGUCCAAAAGUCCGCUGAUCGAAUUUCCCAGUAUUUUGUGCCACUUGUCAUUACUCUGUCCCUCUUAACUUGGCUAGUCUGGUUUCUAUCGGGUAAAUAUAAUGGCUAUCCAAAAUCUUGGAUUCCAUCUUCGAUGGAUAGCUUUCAGCUUGCUCUUCAAUUUGGUAUAUCUGUAAUGGUCAUAGCAUGUCCCUGUGCGCUCGGCUUGGCAACUCCUACUGCUGUUAUGGUGGGCACCGGAGUUGGUGCUUCUCAGGGUGUGCUAAUUAAAGGGGGUAAAGCACUUGAGAGUGCUCAUAAGGUGAAUUGCAUUGUCUUUGAUAAGACAGGAACACUUACAACAGGGAAGCCGGUUGUCGUCAGCACAAGGCUUUUGAAGAAUAUUGCACUACAUGAAUUCUACGAAUGUGUUGCAGCUGCUGAGGUGAACAGCGAGCAUCCCUUGGCUAAGGCCAUUGUGGAGCAUGCCAAGAAAUUCAAAGAGGAAGAAAACUAUACUUGGCCUGAGGCACGAGACUUCGUUUCAAUAACAGGUCAUGGUGUCAAAGCCAUGAUAGGAAACAAAGAGCUCAUAGUGGGCAACAAGAGCUUGAUGCUAGACUCUGGCAUUCAAAUCACAGAUCAAGCUCUCGAGCUCCUUAUGGAAGCUGAGGAAAUGGCGCAAACAGGAAUUCUUGUAGCCAUCAACCAUGACAUUCUCGGAGUAAUUGCAAUAUCCGAUCCUCUGAAACCUGCGGCGCAGGAUGUCAUAUCCAUUCUCAAGUCCAUGAAUGUCAGGAGCAUUAUGGUAACAGGGGACAACUGGGGCACUGCAAAAGCAAUUGCCAAAGAGGUCGGGAUAGACACCAUUGUUGCUGAAGCAACUCCCGAAGAGAAGGCAGUAAAAGUAAAGGAACUGCAGAUGUCUGGGUUAACAGUGGCCAUGGUUGGUGAUGGAAUCAAUGAUUCACCAGCACUAAUCUCUGCUGAUGUGGGAAUGGCUAUAGGUGCCGGCACUGAUAUCGCCAUCGAAGCCGCCGACAUUGUUCUUAUGAAGAGCAACUUAGAUGAUGUUAUAACUGCCAUAGAUCUCUCAAGGAAAACCUUCUCUCGGAUUCGAAUGAACUACAUCUGGGCAUUGGGUUACAACAUCAUUGGCAUUCCUAUUGCUGCUGGAGCACUCUUUCCAUCAACAAGGUUCCGCCUUCCGCCAUGGAUUGCUGGAGCUGCCAUGGCAGCCUCUUCUGUUAGUGUUGUCUUGUGGUCUCUCUUGCUGAAGAACUACAAAAGACCCAAAAAGUUGGAUGCCCUCCAUAUAAGAGGCAUUAUGGUUGAGUGAAAAUGCUUACAUGAAAAAUAAGAUUAGCUUUGCUAGCUCUCUCCUGUAUAUAUAGUGAUUUGAUUGUAAAUAAAAUAAGAGCUGCAUGAUCCUCUUGUUGCUAAAAUAAAGUACUAAGUUUGGGAAUGAAGACUCAGAUUAAUAAUUUUAA